UAAACGAAUUUAAAGUUAGCUGAAGUCAAUCUCCGCUGGGCGCAUGCGUCCCUUCCUUUCCCCCUCUCACCCCACGGUGGAGACACACCGACUCGCUUCCUUCCGUCUUGACGCCUUUUGGCCCCAGCGACUCGCCGUUGCCCAAACUGAGACGUUCACUAGACGAGGUGAUGGCGACUGGGACACCAGAUUCGCAAGCGCGAUUCGGUCAGUCUGUGAAGGGGCUCCUCACCGAGAAGGUGAACACCUGUGGUACGGACGUGAUCGCGCUCACCAAGCAGGUGCUGAAAGGCUCCCGGAGCUCCGAGCUGCUCGGUCAGGCAGCUCGAAACAUGGUCCUGCAGGAAGAUGCCAUCUUGCACUCGGAAGAUAGUUUAAGGAAGAUGGCGAUAAUAACAACACAUCUUCAAUACCAGCAAGAAGCUAUUCAGAAGAAUGUCGAGCAGUCUUCUGACCUACAGGACCAGUUGAAUCAUCUGUUGAAAUAGAACAGCUUGCAAGAGGGAAAAGCUCUUCUUUGCCGGACACUGAGAAGGAAAUAUUUUACUCAGCUGCUGUCCUAUGGGUUUGAUUUUCCAUUUUCUUCUCCAAAAGUUAAGUUAGAAAAGAUUUAUGAUGGUGUAUAGUUUCUCCUGAAGAGAAGCUAAGUGGUUGAAUUUUGGAAGUACUUCUUGAGGCUAAGUCAUGCUCUUACUGAAUUUUUUAAUUGCUCUCUUUAGUUUGAUGUUAAAGCAAAAUUAAAGAGGUCUUAGUUUUUUCCCAUAGAACUUUUAUAUGUCAAAAGCUAUAUCAUCUAAAUGUGAUUCUUUUUUAAAAAUGUGAUUCUUAAGCAAAUGCUGAAUGAUGUUUUAAAUUCAGAAAUACGGCUUCUGUUGUGAAAACAGGAAUGCUUAAUAUUGCUUUAAAGACUUUUUUCUUUUAAUCAUACAUUCAGGAAAUUUCAUGGUCGUGGAAUGGUGAUAGGUAGUAUCUGUUCUUUUCUAUUAACUCGGAGGAUAAAUAUACUUUAUUCAUUGUAGCAAUUCUUAAAUGAAAAGUAGGCAAAUGGUAUAUCUGGCCAGCUUUGACCCCCUGCCUUGACCUGCACUCCUAGUUUCUUUGUUGUGACUCUUGAUUAGUUGGCCUUGGAUUCAUUUUGUAAUUUUGCUAGUCAUCAGCAGAUUCACUUGUAGAACAUUAUUGCCAAGUGCAAAGGCAGUUGAAUUACUGGGAAUGAUUGCAGUGUAGGGUUGUGCCAUGGUGAAAACCUUAUGUUUUCAGUUAUUUGCCCUUGUUCAUCUAAUUCCCCUUGCUAAAAGGCAUGAUUUGAAGGUCUUUGUUUGAAUUUUAAGUGGGACUCCAUUGUGUUCUAGUUCAUUUCUUACUUCACUGAAGAAUUAGGAGAAAGCUGACAUAAGAAAAUGGUGUUUUCAGGGAAAGAAAAAAGGCAAGUAAGAGUCCAAUUUAAUUCCUACUGUAUAUCAUCAAGUCGACUAAUCAUAUUAGGUUGUAUUUAUCCCUCAUUAUACCUGUACACAUCAACUUACGGCAAAAGAAAAAAAUAGGUACGAAGGAAUUCAGUUAUGCAUUCAUUUCAUAAGCUCUCAUUACAGUUACUAAAUGUAAAUGGGUUCAAUUCACCUUCAAAAAGAAGGGUCACGAAUUGGCAGCAAAUGUCACGUUAAGAGUAAAAUAUUUGAAGCAUUA